AUGGGAGGAGAUGGACCAAUAUGGCUCGAAAUUGCAGGGGUUUCAGGGAUAAGAGAUGAUGAUUGCUCUUUGGAUGUGUGUUUAUGGAAAGAGAAGAAGAAGACAGAAGCAUUGGUGGCUUUAGCAUAUUUCCAGCAGCUUGAUGAAAGCUUCAUCAAGCUCCUGGGUGAUUUGAUAGAAGAGAAAAUAGGAAGCAAUGGAAGAAUAAGGCUUGAAAUCAAAGGGUCCCAGAGAUGA